GCCAGCACCGGUGCGGCCGGCCCCUGCGCCGCUGGAGACGGCCCAGGCGGCCGGCCCGGCACUGGACGCCAUCCCACUGAUGUCUGACCCGACGACACCGCCGCCCGGCCGGCCGACGCCGCUGCUGAUCCAGCCGGCUGGGCGCGCCCCCUUCAUCUCGCCCAUCCUCGACCACAGCGGCGCGCGCAAGCGCCAGGGCGACCGGGAGCACGACACCUGGUCAGACGCGAAGCGUCGCCGAACAGAGAAGAACAGCAAGGGUCUGCGCCACUUCUCGAUGAAAGUGUGCGAGAAGGUGCGCACCAAAGGCACCACCACCUACAACGAGGUGGCAGACGAACUGGUGGCCGAGUUCACGGAGCCGGGCCGCUGCGAGUCGCCUUCCGACCAGCAGUGCGACCAGAAAAAUAUCCGCCGCCGCGUCUACGACGCUCUCAACGUGCUGAUGGCAAUGAACAUCAUCAGCAAGGAGAAGAAGGAGAUCAAGUGGCUCGGCCUGCCGACCAACUCGCUGCAGGAGUGUACAAAACUGGAGCGGGAGAAGGCGCAGCGGACGCACCGAAUCAACAUGAAGACGCAGCAGCUCAAGGACCUCAUCCUGCAGCAGAUCGCCUUCAAGAAUCUGGUGGAACGGAACCGCAAGGCGGAGGAGGACCACGGACCGCCGCCGCCCAACUCCACCGUCCAACUGCCCUUCAUAAUCGUCAACACAAGCAAGAAGACUGUGAUAGACUGCAGCAUUUCCAAUGACAAAAUGGAGUACCUGUUCAACUUCAACGACACGUUCGAGAUUCACGAUGACAUUGAGGUGCUCAAGCGCAUGGGCUUGGCGCUCGGUCUCGAGAACGGCACGUGUCGCGAGGAGGACGUCGAGAAGGCCAAGGCCAUGGUGCCGCCCUCCCUGGCGCCCUAUAUAGACCAGUUGGCGCGGGACGGCAGCCAGUCGGAACGGCUGAGCGUCGACCUGGAGACGGCGCUUUCGACGCGUGGCCUCGGCAGCGGCACGUCCACGACUUCGGAGCGUGGCGACUCCGUCACGCCCAGCAUCGACUUCGACACCGACGACGACGAGGAGGAGGACGACGAGGACGACGACGACGAGGAGGAGCACUGAGUGCGCGUACAAACGAGGGGCGGGCGGGCCCCGGCGGGCGGAGCCAAGAGGCGCCGGCCGCGCAGUCAGGCUGGCGCGGGCGCGGACGCGGCCCAGCGGCGCUGGACCGGCGGGGUGUGAGGGGUCGCGCCGGACCAUCCGGGGGUACCGGACGGAGGAGGGCACUGAACCCAUCCGCCGCCCGGCGCGGGGUGGCCUGCUUCCGUUUUGUUUCUAUCAAGGUCUGAUGUGAUUUCGUUUUGAGUGCGCCCGAAAGUCGGAUUCUUUAUUUGGUCUAAUCAGUGAGCACAUUGUUUCAGCUUGGCUCCAAGCUGUCGGGGAUUGGCGGGGCGCUCUCAUUCGUUGCCAGUUUAAAGGUCGGCCACUGCUUUAGCGUGCAGAGAAGGCGCCGUUUGUGUUCCCGUUUUACCGUUGGUCAGGCGUUCUGUUGAGAUUUGUAUAAAGAUUGCCGAGCAACUAACGUGCGUGAUGUAGGCGAGGACAGCGGCGUCUAAGUACGGACGCUGCACCCCGGCCGUGAAUCGUUGUAGCCCGGCCGGCAGGUUGGCGGCGUUGGGAUGCGCUGGUGGGCGAGAUACGCCUGCCUCGUCGGCCGCCCGGACUGUGUGUGAGUGUGUGUGUGUGUGGGUGUUGCGGGCACGUGCCGCUGUGCGCGGCGAGAGGGCCCGGGUCCUGGUACCGAUCUCCUUUAUACUGCCGCUGGACCGUGAUGGAAAAUACACGCACACGCCCACCGGCGUCACUACGCGCCGCCGUCCGGCUCGGCUCGCUGGGCGGUGCCGCAGCCUCGCAGCGGCGCUCGCGUGACGCUCCCUGGCGGGGCCGUAACGUUCUGUCGGAACAGGUGGCAGCGCGACGCAACAGCGCGCCGCCGCGUGACCGAUGUGACGACUGGGUGAGGGCUGUUUGGGUUGGCGCCUGGCCCUGCGGACGGGACCAGCCCGAGCCUGUUGCGCGCUCGCCGCCACUCUGCCUGCCAAACGCAGGAGCGCGGCUCGGCGGUGCCGCUGCCCCGAUUCCGGCAGCAGUCGGCGGCGGACCGUGAUUAGAGCCGAACAACCGGCCAAGUAUCGAGCGGCCAUGAAAGGUCACAACGUGAACUUUUUCAAAUGUACCCUUUCCGUGCUGUCAGUGUCGCCACAAUAGUUUGAACGAUGCUGUCGAGCAUUAUUUAGAAC